GAGCUAUUUUGUCUCCCAUCCGCGUGUUUCCAUAAAUCAUACUGCAGUAUUCAAGGAUGGGAUUGGUGUUUUCUGAGGGGCUAUCGGAUCUUGAUGCUUUCGCUUCUGCCCUCCGUUCGUAUGCAAACGGUCGGAUAUUUCAUCGUCACUGAAAACCCCUCGUUUUCCCACCAUGGAUGUCGUAGCCGAGGGAGACCGCAUGUCACAACAAGUCACUUUUACUACGUGUUGUCGCCUUUUAGAGAAACUCAAAUCCAAACCAAACACCAAGUCUAGAUGCGAUGUGCUCCACCGUUUUGUCCAACUUUGGAAUUCGCAAUAUGCGCUACUUCCCUGUGCAGACACACGCGUCGGUGCCGGUCGAGCUAGUUUUUACCCAUUACUAAGGAUACUGAUGCCAUUGUUUGAUCACGCCCGGCCGGCUUAUGGUCUGAGAGAAGUUAUGUUGGGUCGUUUGUACAUUAAAGCAUUCGGGAUCGCCCCAAAAGGCCCAAUCGCCCAACGGAUUCUUCGUCCACUCGAGCAUAAUAGUGGUCAGCCCAAAAAGUCCGAUUUUGCCGACCUCAUUUACGACGUGGUGCAUGACCGAUGUCCGUGCGUCGGUGUCCUUUGUCUGCAUGAUGUGAAUCAAUUGCUCGACCGACUGGCCAAUGCUGAGGGAACACAGGAACGUUUGGACGCUGUGAAUCGUUUCAUUCAUUUGGCUACUGCUCUGGAACACAAAUGGAUCGUACGUCUGGUAGUGCGAAGAGAGUCCGGUUGCGGUCUAAAUGGGAAUAGCGUGCUUCGAUGUCUUCAUCCGGCUGCCCCGGGAUUGUGGGACGUCACACAGGACUUGCUAAUUUUGUGUCAGCGUAUCGCGGAGAUCGAUCCCAAGGUGUCCUGCCCUCCAAGCCCUGUUGUUCCCGCGGUGAGCUUGUUUGUUCCGUUUCGUCCGAUGUUGUGCGAACGUUCGAACUGUCCCGAAUCUUUGUGCACCCGCGUGCAACAACUGUGCAGCCUUGCUAUGGACGAUAUCAGUGACGUACGCCUGUUACUGGAGACGAAAUACGAUGGGGAGCGAGUACAGAUGCAUAAAUCUGGCGCUUCUUAUCGCUACUGGUCUCGAAAUUGCCUGGAAUGGACGCGCAGCUACGGCCCUGAUGGAUUGUGCUCCACGGGAACCUUAACUCCCCGGUUGCAUGCUGCUUUCAGCGCUGAUGUGCACGAUUGUAUCAUCGACGGGGAGAUGAUGGCCUUCGAUAAGUGCCAUCGAACCAUUGCUCCCAAAACCUCUGGAUUCGAUGUGAAACGCCCAUAUCGUUCCGAUGACCUCUUCACCAAACUGACCGAGGAAAGCGUCGACUAUCAACCCUGCUUGUUUGUCUUCGAUCUGCUCUAUUUGAACGGCCAAGUGCUCACAAGCAGACCUCUUCUGGAGCGCAGACGGCUCUUGUCUACUCUGUUCGACCAUGUGUCAAUAUCAAACUAUCUUGACAUCGUGAGCGAAGAACAGCUGAAGAAGACCUGUCGUGCCGAUCUCAUUUGCCCUCCACCUGCUACCAUACUGGAAGGGACAGUGUACGUUUCCGGUUGGUGUUGCCUUCCUCUAUCUGUGGACGCAGUCACCACCGUGUUCAAUAAUUUAAUGGACCAUCGCCAAGAGGGCAUGGUGGCCAAGCUGGCUUUCGGGCCUAGCCCGUACAUCCCUGGACGUCGGCUAAUGGGCGGUUGGUGGAAACUCAAGCCGGACUACGUGCCUGGAUUGCUGACUGAUCUGGAUUGUUUAGUGGUUGGCGGAUCCUACACCAGCUUGUGCGGUUUGUCUAGUGUUAGUGCUCCAAAACGAGUUCGUCAGUUUUUCUGUGCCGUCCGUGGACCGGAUCUUCAAGACACUCGUUGUUCUGCGACGUCGUUGCCCUGCUUUUUAUCCUUUUGCCAGGUAAGUUCCGGUCUGACGCGCAAUCAGUUGCGACAUCUGGAUGCCAAAUUGGGACCCCAUUGGAUUCCGUACGAUAGACGGAAACCCAAUGUCGGUAUGACCGAGUGGCUUCGAGUGACCACCGAGCGUCCAGACGUGUGGAUUGCCCCACAGCACUCGGUCGCCCUGCAGAUUCACGCCUCGGAACUGGUGCCUACGGAAUCGUACGCAGCCAGGCUGACGCUGCGAUUUCCUCGCGUGGUCGCCAUUCGGGAUGACAAAUCAUGGCAAGAAUGUGUAACACUCGAGGAACUUCAACGGUUUAACAUUACAACUCAGGGUUCUUUAACCACAAAACGUCUUUCUUCCAAUGGCAAUUCUACACAGUCGACUGAUAGCGCGUUUGAAGAUAGUGAAGAUCGUGCGACCACAUUUGUACCACUUUCAGACGAUGAUGCAGAUCCCUCCGACAGUCGCUCUGGAGGGUUUGACGAAAAAGUACCUUUAAGCUCUUGCUCCAUAUCUUCGGAUAUUUCACGGAGUGGUCACGAUGUUCUGUUUGUUGGUGAGAAAAGGUCUAUUCCAUGUGGUCCACCGAGAGCGACAUCAACUCCUAUCAAGAGGCACAAACCCAGGACGGCCAGUGUUGACUCUGCUCUGCCUUCAUCUUCUGAGGCCACCAUCUCCUUUUGCACCACGAAUAACGAGGAUUUGUUUCUUCAAGAUUUGGAGUUCUGCUUCAUGUUAUCAAAUGACAUCUCACCACAAGCACGCACCGAUAUAGAGACGCGAGUUCAGUUGGCCGGCGGGAGGUUGGUUCCGAACCCCGGUGCGGGAACAUUUUGUGUUGUUGCCGAUAAACUCACUGCGAGGACACGAAAUUUAAUCCACGCAGCCAAACAGUCCAGAUCUUCAUGUCUUUCCAACUCGUAUGAUGUUGCGCUACUGAACUGGCUUCAAGCAUGUCUCGAUACCAAACAGCUGCUGUCAUGGCGACCGGAUGACCUGUUGGCUAUGCGACCUGAGACCUCGGAGCGCAUCAUCGGUGAAUACGGAAAUCUUGAUGAUUAUAAUCCCAGUGCCAUCUGAGUCAUCUGGGAGACCUUCUCGAUCCAUAGAUUCUCGAGCUGCACAUUCUCUUGAGCUCUCGCCAUCUCCGUCAGCCUGGCUUGUGUAAAAAUCACUAUGCUUCGCAGGAAUUCUCACAUCACUCAAUUACCUUGGACUUAUGGAAACUCGGCGCAACUGUGAUAUCGACCCGUUUUACUUCUAAUGGAGAGAGUGUAGUUCAGUUUCGUCAAACAACACUCUCCUCUGUGCAGACACCGCCAAGUCCUUCCCCGUCCUCCUUAUCUGGAGUGUACAUAGUGAUUUUCGGGGACAUGUAUCCGGAACAACGUGACAUUUUGACGAAACUCCGGUCUUGGUGCUCCGUUGAAUCGAUUAUUUCUAUUCCGCACUAUUUGGUCAACAGCCAGUGAACGCUCACUUAUAUCACUUCAUGAUCUUUGUCCACUGCACUGAUCUUUCUUUUGUGAUUAUUUUUAAACAUUUGUGACUAUUUUCCAUUUUAGUUUAUGAAAUGCUUAUUGUUCUCCACUCAUCCCCCUGGGAUUUGUAACUCACUUGUUCAUCGAAACAGAUACCCUUCUUGUUC